AUGAUCGGGCUCCAGCAGACGAGUGGCGAUAUUGAGCCCGUCAAAAUCAUCAAUGAUAUUUGGAGCGACUUUUUCAAAACUCAACUCCAUUCAGGUAACUUUGAAUCCUCCGAAUCGUUCAGCAUUUUGCUCAUUUCAGUGCUCCUCGCGACUCCCGUAUCACCGGCCCAACAACCGGAAGCGACCACCGAGAAAUCGACGUCGUCGCGCGAAGCAUCCACGUCGCCGGACGAACUGGAGGAUGAGGUCGUCGGAGAUGAGGACAACGAGAGCGGGGAGACGGCGGCGAAGCGGCGGAGGACCAGGACCAACUUUUCCGGUAACGUACUAUGGGUGUCUCGUUUGUCGGAUCCUAGGCCACAGUUUAGUCCAUCUCUAGGUCAUGGAUUCGUCGGAUCCUAGUCUUCGGGCUUGUCGGUUUGUGGGCCACUAGGCCAGAGUUUUGUUGAAUCCUAGACCAUAGGCUUUUCAAAUUCUAGGCCACAAGGUGUUUAGAUUCUGGGCCUAGUCACGUUUCGAAAAGAUUCUCUGCGUUAUGAGUCAGAGCUUUGUUGGAUCAUAAUCAGGCUCAAAGUCACAACGUUGUUUGAUAAUCACAAUCAGCGAGACCACCUAGCGUAAACAAAAUGUCUCCAGACUUGCUUUUAGAACUGACUAAUUGACAACAUACACUUUUGCGAUAAACAAUGCGACGACUUAGAGUCCAUGAGCGGCUAAUGAUCCAAAUAGUACAGAGCAUUGACAAAAUCGUGGUUUGUUCACAGGUUGGCAACUAGAAGAACUGGAAUCGGCGUUCGAGGCGUCUCACUAUCCGGACGUCUUCAUGCGCGAGGCCCUGGCGAUGCGUUUGGACCUUCUUGAAAGUCGAGUUCAGGUAUCAUCUCAUCCUCAUUUUUCCCCACUGAACAAGCCGGCUACCGUAAUCCUCCUCGAGAUGAUUGGUUUUGUUUUUGAGCGAGCGCAAAGCAUCUUCUAAAGGGGGGGGGGGGUGUCUGUGGCUCGAGAGAGCACUGAGUGAGACAUGAUGGAUUGGGCGAGCGCGCGAAUUCCCUUAUGAGGGCACGCAUUCAUAACUACUUGUUUGCCAUUAAGGGAAGGGAGAGGCGAGGGGUUACGGUAGGCAUGGGAUCCCGUUCCCCCAUUCUCUUCGCCCGCAAAUCUCAGGAAGCGCGACACAUAAACAAGGCCGGAAAAAGAUGUGACAACUGCGUGGGGACUCCACAAAUUUAUUGCCGCCUUUAUCGUGUCGCAGAUAUCUUUAGGCACGAGAGUAGAAUGAAAAUAGGAGAAUCUGAUUAGAACUCGGCCGACUGGGUUGCAAGUUUCCGGGAAUUAAUGGCCUCGAACGUCUUUUUUUCGGCUUUUCGGCUAAGGGAUCUUGAUUACCACAGUGGCCUAGGAAAAAAGUUCGGCCACUAUUUGUUUACAGGUGUGGUUUCAAAAUCGAAGAGCCAAGUGGAGGAAGCGAGAGCAGAAUCGGAACGGAGGUGGUGAGCAGAGAAAGGAUGGCGAUGGAGUUGCUGGAGAAGUUAAGGUUGGUGGUGGUGGCGAAUCUCUUGAGGACUUGACCUAACUUUUCCUCUUCCAGCCGCUGCCCACGUUCCCCUUCUCAAUUGACAGUAUCCUGGCGGCUAGCCGAGUGCCUCGUGGCAGAAGACCCAACGCAAAGUACCCAAGAGUUCAGGUAACCCGAUUUUUUCAAACUGCCCAAUGAGAACCUCGUUUGCAGGCGUGCAAAAACCUCUCGCCGUUCAUGCUGCCACUCUUCCCGAUCACUCAACCCGGCGGAAAUGUGAUCCGCGAGAAAUCACCGGCGGCUCCGCUGGCUCCAACACCCACGCCCACGGCUCCGUCGACCGCGCCGCCGACUGUGGCCGAGCUUUUGAAAAGCGCGGCCGCGAGUGGUGGCCUUGGAAACUCGACCUAG